AUGCCGAAAGUCAAGGAAGGAAAGAAGAAAAAGCCCAGCGCCAAGUACAAGAAGGCUCCGGAUGCCCCGAAACGUUUCAAGUCGGCUUUCAUUAUCUUUUCUGCCGAAAAGCAUAAGGAGAUCAAGAAGCGGCUGGAGGAAGAGGGCCGCCCCGAAAAGACCACGGACAUUGCCAAACUAGUCUCCGAGAGUUGGAAGCAGUUGCCCCCGGAGGAACGUGAAAUAUGGGAGGGCAAGGCCGAGGAAGACAGAGCCAGAUAUGAAGCAGAAAAGGCCAACUACAAGGGACCUUGGAAGAUCCCAGCCCACAGCAAGCGCUCCUCCAAAGACCCGUCUGCCCCAAAGCGGCCCAUGAGUGCCUUCCUCGCCUAUUCAAAUAGCCGUCGAGCAGAGCUCAAGCGAAAGAAUCCAAAGGCUACCAAUGCAGACCUUUCAAAGAUGUUGUCAAAGUCAUGGAAAGAGUUGCCACCCACGGAAAGGGCUGUCUAUAUGGAAGAGGAGGCAGGACUCCGCGCCAAGUACAAGCAAGACAUGGCUGUUUGGCGCAAGAAGGCUGCCAAACAAAAGAAGGCGGAAAGAGUGGAACGAGAAGAGCUUGAGCCUCCGGCCAUGGCUCAACCGGCAAUAAGCGAGGAAAUUCCCGCUGAAGAUCCUGCUGUUCAUCAGAUGCAGCAGCAACAGCAGCAACUCAUGGAACAAAUGCAGCAGCAGCAGCAAGAUCAGUUCAUGGGAAAUGGCAUGGGAAUGGGAGGCGGAAUGAAUGCUGGUGGAAAUGGAGGUGACCCCAUGGGGGCCAUGCAUCAGAUGGGUCAGAUGGACCCACAUCAGGCUUUGAUGCAGCAGCAGCGAGAAAUGCUUGCGGCGCAAGUUGGAGCCGGUGGAGACCCUUCCGGGGGACUUGGCGGCAUGGGAGGCGAUCCCAAUGCAGCGAUGGCUCAACAGAAUAUGAAUGCGAACGCAGCAUUCUUUGGAGGUGGAAACAACCCCUACGCUCUUCAGGCAGCCGGUCUCGGAGGAGGUUUUGGUGGCGCAAUGGGGGCGGCUGCGUUUGGUUUGAACUCGGCUUCUGCGGCCGCAAAUCCUUACUUGGCAAACGCCUUGGCCAAUCAGGCUGCGUACAUGCAAGGCCAGGCCGGCAACCUUUCCGCUUUGAUGGGGCAAAAUUUGAUGAAUCCAGGCGUCAUGGGUCAAUUCCAAAACAACCAAGGGCUGAACCAGGGCAUGCAGCAAGGCAUUCCCCAGGGUCUCAAUCAGGGACUGAACCAAGGUCUCAACCGGGGCAUGCAGCAAGGCCUCUACGGAAACAACCUCGGAGGAGGAUAUGGUGGUGGUGGUGGUCUAGGCAAUAUGGAGGGAAACUGA